UAUUUUUGAAAAAGUGAAAAUCUUGUCAGGUGGUGGAGAGUUGGUAUAAAACUACUUCAUGGACUAACCAACAAACAAAUAUGGAGCUUAGUGUUAGCUUGCUAUGCUUAUUCGCAUUUGAAUUUUGGCAGAUUUUUUAUGAAUUUCUAUUGAUAUCAUUAAUCUAAGGCCCCUUGAUCCACUUAGGCUUCUAAGCUUUGACUUGGUUUGCUAAUGCCUGAAGCCACGACAGCUUCUUACCGUUCAACAUUCCGUUGAAACAUGAUCUUCCCUACAUAGCGGAAGACCGCACCUGUCAGUCUCCUCCCACUCUGCCGGUCACGAUUUGGAUUCGCUUUAUGAGUCAGGAUUAAGACAAGCCCAGCCUCCGAAGCGUCACUGCUCGUCAGCCCCACCAGCUGCCUACGUAGGAGCACAACGCCCUGUUCCCUCCUUAUUUGAAGAUUGGAACCAAUUCUGAGAAGCGUCUCUGAACAUCGCACCAUCACCGCGAACAUUUACAAGAAGUUUGAUUGAGUUUUGCCUCACACACGGGCGAUCCUUAUUUGAGUCAAGAUACCCCCGAUAAUUAUUGAGAAUUCAUGGGCCGUUGGAGACCAAUCGAAUUUUAGGAAGGAAAAUUCCAGGAAACUCGCACUGCCAAAUCGAGUGGGUGGAAGAGCAAGCAUUGUGGCCAAGAUAAGUGAUCCGGGUUAUUCUCCCACAUAAGAAGGAGCCCUGUGUAAGAAGUGGAAGUUAGGGGUGCCACUUGACACCACCAUGGCAAGCGAGGCAGUUCUGCGGUACGCCAACAUCAGCACUAACGCGAGCAACGACCAUAAAUGUAUCACUCUGACAGACAACAGCACGCUGCAGUGGCUUCAGGGGGACAGCUCUCAAAUUGUGCAGCCGAUAAUCUACAUCAUCGUCAUCAUCGUCAGCCUGCCGGUCAACGCUGUUGCCCUGUGGUUCCUCGUGAACCCCACGGUGAACGUGAAGCGCACGCCCUCCACCGUGUUCACCAAGAACCUGGCCGCCGUUGACCUCCUCUACCUGCUCUUCCUCCCGCUGGUCAUCGUCUACAACUUCAACGGCAACGACUGGCGCUUCGGCACCGUCCUGUGCCACGUCGUGGUGUCGCUCACCUACCUCAACGCGCACUGCUCCAUCUUUCUGCUCACCUGCAUCAGCGUGGACCGCUACCUCGCCCUGGUGCACCCGGUCAAGUCGCGCGCGUGGAGGACCCCGAGGUACGCGGCCGCGCUCAGCGCCGUCAUGUGGGCGCUGAUGGUCCUCUCCAUCGUGCCGGCCGUCACCGUGCAGCUGGUGACGUGCGUCAAGGGCCCGAACUUCGGACCGGUCACCACCUGCUUGGAUGUUUUCACAAAGCAGGACGGACUGUUUCUGGCCAAGUAUUCGCUGGGGUUCUUCUUCUUGGCCUUCCUCGUGCCGUUUGCUGUCACGGCGUUUUGCUACGUGGCCAUCGUGCUCUCAUUGAGGCGGCGCACGCGCGAAGGUGCCCGUCUCAGGGUCGAGAUGAGGAAGUCCAUCUUCCUCUGCACCACGGUUCUCACGGCCUUCUGCCUGUGCUUCGUGCCCGCCAACGCCACUUUGUUCACUCACGUACUGCGCAUACUGCUGAAAGGCAACACGUCCCUCUACAAUGUCUACAAGAUCUGCUUGGCUCUGGCGAGCCUUAACACCUGCCUGGACUCUUUCGUCUAUUACACGAUCUCCAAGCCCUUCCGUCUGAAGGUUCGAGGUCUCUUGUGCUGCUGCGUGACGGCGAAAGUCAAAGAGCCCCUGGGAGAUGAUGCCAAAUCUGAAAAAGGCACGUCUUCAUAACCACGUGUGCAAAACGUAAAUGUAUCAUAAACAUGCAUGCUGUUGAAAUAAACAUUGUUAGUUGUCAGUGAUGUGUAUGUAACACAAAAGUGAAAGCUUUAGAUAAUAUUUCUCUUGCCUGUUUAGCGUUGUUUACAUGACUACGUAAGCCUGUUUCCAUUUCCCCCACUGUGUAAAGGGGUUUACAGGUUGAUCCAUUCAUAGAGGCCCCACAAAAUAGUGAGAAAUUAGAGAAACCUUUAUUUCAAAGCCUCUACAAGUCUCCCACCAAUCUCAAUAUGCGUGUACACUCAUUCAAUACACUAUCCGAGAUAAGAGAGGAAGCCAUCGCUUUCACAAUAAUCAGUCAAAUGUUGAUAAGAGUAACUCUAUAAAUCAGUAAAAUAUCUAGAAGUCCAUCACCCUAUAGAUUGUGCACAAAUGUCCGUUAUGAAUGAUCUCCACUAUCCAGAUAGGAUAUGCUAUUAGACAUAGUAUAAAGGAUAUGUUUGCGCCCUGACGAUCUUAUGUUAACAUUAAACAAUCAUGCGAAGACUUUAUUUGUGUAGUUUUUAAACCAGAAUAUGUAUGUUGAACUUCUUUCGCACGUAGCCAACCCUGCUAAUCGGCGGUGUAGAUUGCUUUGCAAAGCAACCGUCAGUCCGGCUUCAAUAAAAGACACGGCCACAAUUUCCACACGAGGGACUAAACGUGGUUAAUUAUCUUGCUGAACAAUUGCAAUGACUCAUGAUGACCGAUAGAUUUUUGGGCGAGACAAUCGGGGUGAGGCUUUAAAGGCGCAUGUUCGUUCACGUAGCGCUGGAGUGGCUUCCUGUGAACAGAAUGCGUCGGGGAAGGGGCAACACACAACGCUUGGCUAGCCAGUGUUGCUCAUAGAGCAUGACUUCCUGCCCAGUACAACAACAACACCAACCCAUUACGGUAUAUGUUUAGAUGACGUCAUGUCAACAUGCUGCAUUACUCUGCCAUAAACAAAUACUACAUACCAAUUCCGGAUGUACGUAUGGGUCAGCUUAAGUUUAUCAAACCUGAUAAUUGUUUUUUUUACCCUUUUAUCUGGCAACAAAACUGACACCUUUUUUUACAAGGAGUCAUGUUUGCAUCGACCACAAUACCUGCAGUCAUAAUGCAAACAAAAAAACAUAACUCUGAUAAUGUAUGCACUGUCCUUGAAGUUGAUUGGUCCACACCCGAGACAGCUUUCCUUAGAGCCUAGUCUCACGUGGUGUUGGACCAGAUGACGCCAAAAGGCCCAUCAAACCUGCGCAGUGUACUGUAAUAAAGUUUAACGCAAUACGGUGGCGGUAUCAGAUCUCGGAUUCAACCCCGUUCCUGCCACGGUCUGCCCGGGUCACACUUGCCGAGGACGGUAAACCGCACGCUGCUUUUUGUUUACCCCUUACACCAGGGGUGGGGAACGUCCGGCCCGCGGGCCGUAUAAGUCCCGCGAUAUCAUUUGGUCUCUGGCCCUGCCAAGGCAACCGCAGGUGGGACUCGAAAUUCAAUAAAUCUAGGAGCAAACCUGGAAAAGCAGUUGCGAGUAGCAACAACAUCAUCAAUACCAGCUAACAUCACACGCCUCGCCAAAGAGAAGCAGUUACAGCCAUCGCAUUAGGAGCGAGUUAAUUAAAUGUUUAACCAAAUAUAACGGGCUAAUUUUUAAGUGGAUAAUUUUUGUAAAUAUCCAAAUGGCCCUUGGCAGAACAAAGGU